AUGAAGGUCGCCGAGAAAGCCACCGAUCGGGGAGCGGAGGUGCACAUGUACGUCGAGGGUAAAUUGCAAGCCCUUGAGGAGUACGGACAGUACAUCAGCGUUGAGGAUCAUGCAAUAUGCUGCUAUGUCCCUGUCGAUGAAGGCCACAAGAUUAAGAUUGGUGCCAAAUUCUCGGGCACGACGUUGACCAUAGCUUACGACGCCGUGGUAGAUGGGGUCUUUCGCAAGGCCAACUUCUACGCCGCUAGAACAGUACACAUCCAGAAGAAAAAGAUUGAUGUGGAGUCCUUCCUUUGCAAGACCGACAAAGGAAUCAUUGACACGCAAAUGCUCGUCGCCCCAAUUUCUGCAAGGAUUACAUCUCAAGGAGGACCGCAAGCAGAAACCAUCGGCACCCUGGAGCUACGCCUCUAUAUCACCCGCCAACUCAAUGUUUUUCACUCUGUUGAAAGUGCUGAGACGUACUAUGCCCCGACUGGUAUUCUCGAGGAUGUAACUCAACAGACGGCAAGCUACAAGCAAAUUGCCCCCACAUUCCAGAUGGAGUUCGAGCAGAAUUGCGCGCCGCUGGGAAAGCUCAAGAGCACUCGUGAGCAGCGCAAUAUGAAUGCACCACGUCCGGGCACAGAACCUUGGGCAAUCUUUCGCUUCCAUUAUCGAAGCAAGGAUGCAAUCAUCGAAAAGAAUCUGAAGUUGACUUUUGACCCUCUGAGCAAAGAGAAGACGAAUCCCCAUACCCUAUUGAUUGAUCCUGUCCCCCCGCUUCUAGCUGGGACAAAGCCUCACAAGGACGAUGGUGAUAGCUCCACGCGAGCUUCAUCGCCUAUACCUCCUGACCUACCCCUCACCCCGGUUAAGGGCACACUGAAGAAGUCUGCUCUCAAGUCAACCACUCCAGUCCCUACAACGACGCCUACCACUGAGAAGGAGCCAUCUACGUCCCCCGAUAGCUCUCCGAGCCCGGAAAUGACUGAUAGCAUGAACGAAAUCCGGGCUCGAGUCUUCUCCACGAAGGAGAUGUUUGCGACUGAGGCUAAGAAGAGCACUUCUAACGGUAGGUCCGAUGGCGUUAUAUCUUCCUCCACCGUAAGUAAUCACGACGAAAAGGCCUUAGAGACCUCCAAAGACACCACUACCUAUGACAAGACCACCGAAAUAGUGUCCAAGAAGGCGGCUGGAAGCGCCAAGAUCGCCAGCACACUCUUCGAUAAGGCAGUUGAGAAGGAGGCAGUCACCGACAACGACACAAUCCCCGUAGCGCUCCCCAAGGACAACCCCAUCAAGUCGAUUGAGGAGAGUGUUACGAAAGCCUCCAGUCUCACCAAUACCGGCGCGAAACUCAUAGAUGGCACUACAGCGAGAAGGACUUCGGAGGACCCAAAUACGCCUUGGAAGAAGCUGGUAGUCAAGCCUGCACCUAUUCUAAAAACCAUGCCGGUUUCUCAGAACCGACCCCCAACGCCCGUGACACCGGCGAAGCGUCCAGCUACCCUCGCUAACGGUGCCUCACACGAGUUGAAGCGCAUGAAGACGGCCCCGUCCACAGUAUCGCGAAUCUCUCCUGGCUCAUCCAGCCCGAAGCCGUUGUCCAUCGAGCGCCAGUUUGCCGAGCAGCGCAAGAAGAUCGAGACCUUACGCAGGAAGCGCAAGGAGAUCGCCAAGAAGCAGUCUGCCGUUGACAAACAGAUGGAGCCUUACAAAGAGCGCAUGGCUGAGAAGUUGGAGCGCCUGAACCAGGAGAUGAUGGAGGAGGAAAAGGCCUAUACGGAGGAAGAGCAACAUUACUCUGCUAGCGUCGAGGUCCUGAAGGAGUUCAACAAGCUGGAUGGCGGUCUCUAG